GCCGACUAAAAAAAGAUAGCCACUACAAAACCACUCCAAUUUUUUCCAUUUGCAUUAAUUUCUCUCUCUCUCUCUCUCUCUCUCUCUCUCUCUCACACACACACACACACCAAAAAGCUGAGAGAAGAGCUAAUUAAUUAUUCAUAUCUACACAUUUACACACUUCACUCAUUUGACCGCGACUCCAUUUGUCUAUAUAAACCUUUCAAACCCCCUUCUCUCUCCUCAUCUCUCUCUCUCUCUCUCAUCUCUCUCCGAUGGCGGAAACCCCAACCAAACGCCUCCGACAAGAGACCCCCGGCCUCGAAGAUUCAUCGAAUUCGAAGCGCCACAAACCCUACACCACCAUUCUCUCUCUCCUCGACGACGACGAAGAAACCCUAGAACAAAAUCAGGACCUCUCCGCCAUAUUCACCACCCUAGAGCAAGAGCUCUCCUCCUCCGCCGCCGCCGCCGCCGCCGCCGCCGCAGAAUUCGAUUCCCCGCCGCCGCAGCCGGAGGCUGCCGAGGAAGACGACGGCGGCGCGAAGUCGGUGAUGAGGCACCUUCUCGAAGCUUCCGACGACGAGCUCGGGAUUCCGAAUUACUCGUCUGAGGAGAAUUUGAAUAAUGAUACUAUUAAUAUCGGAUUAAUUAAAUCUGAUGAGAAUAUUUCGUUUAAUUUCUUCGAUAAUGGGCUCUGGGAAUUUGAUGACGUGGCGGCCAACUACUAUGCGAUUCUGCAGUCGGAGCUCUUUAUGUAGAUUUUCUCUUUUUUUUGGGGGGGGGGGGAUUUGAAAUUAGUGGGAAAUAUAGGGGUGUAAAGAUUAUUAAGGAGGAAGAUAUUGGAGGCGUUUUUGGUGGUUUUCAUCUUGGUCCCCCCUCUUUGGUAGAAUUGGAUAUGUUCCCCCCUCUUUUCUUUAAUUUUUAGAUUAGAAUAUUUUUAAAGAUGUAGAAUUUGGAAAAAAAAGGAAAAAUUAUUCCAUUUUAUUGCUGCUUUGGUAAAAGAUGAAAUGGCGAGUGGAAUCGAUUAACACGAA